CUCCUCCGUUACCGGAGACACUUCGGUUAAAACGGCCCUGUUUUAAAAGUCCAGGGGGAAGAGUGGAAGGACCCGGUUCAGACCAAGGAAAGGGGGGCAGGAUCGAGUUCACAGGAUACAUAUUCACACAUUAUCCAUCCCCGGGGACUGCUGUUCUACUGAAGCCGAGGUGCAGCUCACAGAACCAAGGUCUCCUCUGAACCGAGAACGACAGAAAAUAAAGAAAAUGGCGGAGCCAGACAAAUUAAACAUCGACUCUAUAAUUCAGCGCCUAUUGGAAGUCAAGGGUUCUCGGCCAGGGAAGAACGUCCAGCUGACUGAGGGGGAGAUCCGUGGCCUCUGCUUAAAGUCCCGUGAAAUCUUCCUGAGCCAGCCAAUCCUGCUCGAGCUCGAGGCUCCCCUUAAAAUUUGUGGUGAUGUCCAUGGUCAGUACUAUGAUCUGCUGAGGCUGUUUGAAUAUGGAGGUUUCCCCCCUGAAAGCAACUACCUGUUCCUGGGUGACUACGUGGACAGAGGGAAGCAGUCACUAGAGACCAUCUGCCUGCUUCUAGCCUACAAGAUCAAAUAUCCAGAGAACUUUUUCCUGCUGCGUGGAAACCACGAAUGCGCCUCUAUUAAUCGAAUCUAUGGCUUUUACGACGAGUGUAAGCGACGGUACAACAUUAAGCUGUGGAAGACGUUCACAGACUGCUUCAACUGUUUACCCGUGGCGGCCAUUGUAGAUGAGAAAAUCUUCUGCUGUCAUGGAGGCCUCUCUCCUGAUCUUCAGUCCAUGGAGCAGAUCCGCAGAGUAAUGCGACCCACAGACGUGCCUGACCAGGGUUUGUUGUGCGACCUGCUGUGGGCCGACCCGGACAAAGACGUGCUGGGCUGGGGGGAAAACGACCGUGGCGUCUCCUUCACAUUCGGGGCAGAUGUGGUGGCCAAAUUUUUGCACAAACACGACAUGGAUCUUAUAUGCAGGGCGCACCAGGUUGUAGAAGAUGGUUAUGAGUUUUUCGCUAAGAGGCAACUCGUCACUCUAUUCUCGGCUCCAAACUACUGCGGAGAGUUCGACAACGCCGGUGCCAUGAUGAGUGUGGAUGAGACGCUCAUGUGCUCCUUCCAGAUUCUGAAGCCAGCUGAUAAGAAAUUGUAUCCUUAUAGUGGGAUAGGAGUGGGAUCUGGGAGACCGGUCACCCCGCCGCGAAAUUCAGCCAAGGCCGGCAAGGCCAAGAAAUAACACCCGCCUGCUCCCCCUCCUACACCCUGACAUCCCCCCCUGUUGGCCCAACGCCCCUUUUUUUCCCCUCUACCUCCCAAACUUGUUUCUCCCUCGUCACCAAAUGGCAACAAAGCAGAAAAAUGUCCAGGGUUCAAUCAUGCUUUCUCUCUCUCUAAAAUUAUUUUUUAACUGUUUGUGUGCAAUUUUUCGUGCGAGUGCGUAACAGAAGAAGCCAGUGAUUCGGAGGGAAUUGCUGUAUUAUGUUUGUAUGUUUUUGUUAUUUUUUCCUCUCUUUUUUUUUUUUGCCCUCUGUUCUGUUUUCUUGUCAUCUUGUAGAGAUGAGUUCUCACCCCUCCUGUGAUGUAAUGUCAGACCCGGGUGCAGGGGAGGAGGAGGGGAGAAGGAGGGAGUGAGGAGCCUUAGCUGUUUAGGUUAAGGCCCUGCACUGUUUAAUGCUAAACACAAGCUUUUGUACAUCCUGUUUCAGAGGUCUGUGUGUGUCUGUGUGAUGGGGAGGGAGGGAUCACAUUGCACGGUCAAAUUGUAAUGGCACAUAUCUCAUACACAUACACACACAAUGACACACACAUACACACACACACUGGCUGCACAGGUGGAAAUAUGUACAGGUGAAUCCUCGUAUGAAAUGGAUUCACGUUGAUUGGGUAACUUUUAUUUUCUCUUCCCUAUGAAACCAAUGAUUUGACAGCACGGUCAUGGAUGUGAAAUCGUUUUUCUUUUAUUUUGUAGAUACAUAAAACCAACAUGAUUUGAUUUUUUUUUUUUCUUUUUAGUUCACUGAAAGUUGACGAUUAAUAAAAAAAUGUACUGUUUAUUUGAAUUAUGCUAUCAUGCUGAUCACUUUGUGUUUGCCAUUGCUUUGUCAUGUUCACGUCAUGAUGUCGGCUGUGUUCGGCUGUGCUUGUCUUUGAGUUCGACACCUUGUUAUUGACCAAGCAGCAGCAGCAGCUGGAGGAGAUGUUUAUGAAUGAGAAUCAGAAAUGUGUAUUAUAAUGUGUAAUAAUUCUGGGCCAGGUGACACUCAAACUUAAAGGGCAUCUCACAUGUUGCUUCAGUGUGAUUUAGCCAAAGAUGAUUUAAAGCAGAAACUCCUUGUAGACGCGGGUGUUGCCUGUUUCAUCACGAGUACAGACUUGAUGAGAAAUCUCUUCAAUGGAAAUUGUUUAUAUUUUUCUAAUGACCGCCGGGUUAAAAGUAACAAAAAGGGUUUAAGUAUUGAAAUUGAACAGUUCAGUUUGUUUCUCAAUGCCUCACAAUACUCACAUAAUACAAUAUCACCGUGUGCCGUUUCUGUUUCACGAGUAGUUACUGAUAUUUAUCCGUGCUGGACAAACACAGCGUACUUAAGACUCCCACCGAGGGAGAGCAGUCUUUACGGUUUUUCCAUACUCUGCUGUGAUCAAAGCGAGAUGAGGCGGUGAAUCAUUGCUCUGACCUUUUCCAGUUUGAAGUGCUCUUCUAGAGACCACUUCAAUAGAGUCCGUCAUUAAACUAAGAGUGGGUUUAUUCUACAGUAAACCCACCACACAUGAGAGUUGCGUGGAAAUUACUGAGAACUAAAGAAAAGGUGUUUAGAUAGAAGUGAAGCAAUCUGAGCACAUAAGACAAACAUGAAUCAUUCACGGUAGUGUAGAGCAUCUUCCCACUGAAUCUAGCUAAAAGGUUUUAGCUGCAGCAUCAGGUGAAUCCUCUGUUCUAACUGUAUAGCAUUUACUGAAUACGUUUGUACGCUUCAUAGAUGGUGCUAUGCAAAUUAGCGAGACUGUGGAAGUGCUUCUCAGUUUGUCCUCCUUAUCUUUCGGCUGAAAUAAGCAUGAAGAGCCAUAGACAGAGAUCAGAUACUUUUCACACAGUGUUAAAAAUGAUCAAGUGGAUCCUGUGACAACUGUGAACCCUCAAACAACACCCUGCUAAUUUUAUAUUUAAAAAAAAGAACCUCUGCUUCUUUAUAUAGGCUUAUAAAAAAGAUAUGUCGUAUGAUACCACUGAAUAUCACGCCUUGCUCAUCAAGCAUCUUUCCUUGUUCACUUCAGGCGUACAGGGUGUCCCAGUGAAAACAGUCUAUAGUUCAGGACCGGCUGUUUCAACUGGUGUGAGAAAUUCUUUCUACAGUGUUUCAGGGUAAAUCACUGCCCAUUUCUUAGAACCCAAACACGCUCCGUCUCAGCGUGUCUGGCUCUGUUUGUCCCCGUCUGUCAUCCUCCUCCAGCCCUCACUCCUAAUAUUAAGCCAGUAAAUAAUGGCCCUGGUUGAGUGCGAGGCUUACAGGCAUGCUACCCUGUCCCCCACCUUUGUCCUCCCACUUUCUAGGCAAGAGGUUCUCAACCCAGAACCUCCAGGAAAUACAUGUUUUGUUUUCUAAGAAAAUUAAAAUCAGUGUAAGUAAGCUUCA